AUGCUUGGACUUGCACAGCCCACGGUGUCUGUGGUACUAUCUGAGGUACUCGAUGCCCUGGAGAAUUUCAUUUGCCAAAGAUGGAUAAAAUUCAAUUAUAACGAGGCUGAAAUGCAACAAGCAAAAUCACAUUUUUAUAGCAAUACCAGAUUUCCUGGGAUAAUCGGUUGUGUUGAUGGUACACACAUCAAAAUUGUGGCUCCCAAAAAGGAGUUGCAGCAUUUAUGUUACAACAGAAAAGGAUUCUUUAGCAUUAAUGCUAUGAUUGUUUGUGAUCAUACAAUGAACAUACGGUAUAUAAAUGCAAAGAAUCCGGGGGCAACGCAUGAUUCAAUGAUUUUCAACAUGUCAGCAUUGAAAGCAUAUUUAGAACAGCAAGUCGAAAAUGGUCUUCGCAAUACUUGGCUACUUGGAGACGCUGGAUACGCUCUAAAAACAUAUUUGAUGACACCUUUUAGAAAUUCUGAAGAAGGAUCUCCAGAAAGCAGAUAA